CAUGUACAUAUAUGUAUUCAAUAUUAAUGAAAUGCAAAUUUAAUAUAUGCAUUAUGUAGUUAUCAGUUCGAUAUGGUGGCAAGAUAACGAACGCACCACUGAUAAAAAGUUAAUAAAUUAUUAAACGCCGAAGGUAAAUACACAAAUAGACGGCUAUCGGCUCCUGUGAGAUAAUCAGUUGAUCGUGUGUACAUAAUAUUUAAUAUCGCUGUUAUAGAAAUAAUAUUUCAGUCUUAAAUAGUUAAGCGAGCAGGCAAUGUCAACAGUACAAAGCGAGGAUGCGCCAGUUAAGCGCAAACCUGCUGCACAAGAGAAGGAUGUGAGUAAAAAAGAGAAGCCAGUGAAUUGCAAGAAAUGCUCCUGGCAUACAUAUUGUCUGAACGAUACUUGCAUACAAGUCACCGCCUGGCUGCUCUUCACCGCCGGCUUGUGCAUAAUAGCGAGCACAGUUUAUGUGGGCAUUGUAAUGCAAACAAAUCGUGAGAAAUAUGUUGAUUUUAACGAUACUAAUGAAUAUGAAUACGAAUACGUAACGUACACACGACCAAUUGUGGAGACGACGACAGCAAGCCUUAACAAAAGCGUCAGUUAUCCUAGAACACUUAGUCUACAGACACCCGAUAGUGGCGAGUACAGAAAUGGUUGCCGGGAGAUUAAUUGCAGAAUCACUUGUAUGGACGCGACGCGUUUCUAUGAAAUGCUCUACGCUACUUCAUUAGCUACCAGUUGUGCCAACAUCGACGUGCUACUAAUCAGAGAGCAGAGCUUUGUAAAUGGUGUUCUAAGCAAUUCCUGGAUUGAUUGCCGACGACCCGUCUAUGAGUUGGUGGUGACUGCUAGCAACAUAACACGCAUUAGAAGUGGCGCCUUCAAUUCACCGCUCUUCGUGGAUACAUAUCUCCUGUCGUUGAGUGACUUACAGUUGACUAGAGUUGGUAGUGGCGCUUUGCUGGGUUUGCGUUCACUGCGUUACCUAAUCAUCGAUACACCACUUCAGGACAUAAAUCGUGCUUUCUUUCAACCGGUACAAUCAACAUUGAUGCAUUUGCGUUUGAAUUGCGGUUUGGAUGUGUUGCCGCGACAGUCGAUAUUCGGUGUGAGCAUUUUGGAGAAACUGGAAUAUGCCGAUCUCAGCGAUAAUGUAUUCUAUGGACCAUUGACGCGACAAAUGUUUUUGGCCACGCCCAAUUUGCGUUAUCUACAUAUAACGAAUUCGAAAAUCACUUCGAUUGAUGCGGAUGCAUUUGUCGAUCUAAGCGGUGUGCUGGAGGUGCUCGAUUUGUCUGAAAAUUUAAUCACCACACUCUCAGGUGCUGUGCUAAAACCGUUAUUGUUUGGUUCAAAACGCACGCUAAUCAGUUUAGCGUACAACAAAUGGAAUUGUGGUUGUAAUUUGCUUGGGUUUGUUCAUAUCUAUCGGAAAUACCGUAAGAAAUUUUUAAGCAGCAUUUUUUGUCAGUCGCCUACGUUGCAACAUGGCAAGCCAUUGAAUGAAUUGAGCUUUAAAGGUGAGAAUUGUGCGCAGAAAGAAACCAGUGAGGAGUACGAGGCUUUGGUCACCACAAUUAACAAUAAAGCGACCAGCACAGUUCGCAGAACAGUAACAACAACACCGUUUGCAACAACUAUAAAAUCGUUAUCAACAACAGUAAUGUAUGAAACAACACCAGCAGCGAUUAGCACAACAACCACACGAAAACCCACCACCACCACACAAAGAUCCACCACAACCAUACAAAAACCCACCAUACCUGCAACAACAAAUGCACCACUGAUCAAAACCACAAUCGCAACGUCCAACGUCAGCGGCAAUGGUAUGCUAACACCAAUAGGCAAUGAUGGUUCGAGUAGUCGUUCCAGUGCAGAGGAUUCCAAUGUAAUACAAUUGCGUUGCUUACACAUUUUGACAUCAAGAGAUCUAAGUCAAGAGGAAACUGAAAUAGCGCGUGAUAGACGCUCACUUGAAAUUGCUAUUAUCUCGUCGGAAAUUAAAAGUUCAACUGAGGUUAAACAAGAGACCUCAAGUGAAGAGCACGCAAACGCUGCAGCAGAUCCAGUUGAGCCGGAGCAGCGCCCAUCGGCACCGCCAGCUGUUACAAGGCAUCCAAGAAAUACUACUUCCGGAAGAGACCGGCUGACGAAUAUUACAAAACCACCGAAACGCGACUACCACAAUCCAUCCAUGGCUUUUUAUAAAUUUGAAGUGCCAUCAUAUAACUUCGAAUUGACGCUGUUGGACAAUAAUUCCGUGCAAGUUUUCAUACACGAUUACAAUAGUCAACCGAAAAUCAAUAUAAUAUGGUUCAGUCGCCAGAAUGAUAUGGAUAAUGUUGCGAAUAUCAACGAAGUGGCACAAAAUAUCGAGUAUCAUUGUGAAAUGUAUCAGCAGCCAUAUUUGUUAGUCGACAAACUUACUGAAAACACAACUUACACCUUUUGCAUGCUGGAAAUACCACAGAUUACGAUUUCGCCCUUCAAUUGUCUGCCCUUAUAUGUACCGUUUUUGAUCACAGAACCAGAUAAUACUUGGAUUACCCAGGACGAUAAACAAUUCACUUUGGGAAUGUUGUCAUUGAUUUUCGUAUUGUCGGCAAUGUUCGGUGGUAUAAUUGCCUAUUUCGGCGUCAAAACAUAUCCGGAACUGUUGGAGGGUUCGAAGAAUGUUUUGGUUGUGAAGCGCUCGGAACAAGAAUCCGAAUAUUUGAAGAGUAUGGGAUCCAUUAAAAAGGAACCGCUUAGUAGGCGAUCAACAAGAAAGCUCACACUAUCGUCUUCGGAGAUGCCACCGUUGUCUCUGCCACCACCACCACCGUUCAGCGUGUCGAAUUUCAAUUUGGAGCGUCUAUCCAGCAUCAAAUCGUCUUCUACUUUGUUUGAGAGCUCAUUCGGUCCACCACCAUUUUCCGUUGUAGACGAUCAAUAUGAAUUGCCGAAGCAAUAUAAUCGUAGCUUUGACGAGGAACGCUGUGUGCCCAAUCCAUAUGCCAUGAGCCCGUGUUCGCCGCCACCUUUGCCCAAACGGAAUCCAAGCAUUACCUCGUCAAUUAUGACAAAUCGUUUUUCCAAACCGAAUUAGCUGAAAGGUCUUCUAACUGAUAAACCAACUGAAGUGUUUUAUAAAUAUUUACUAUUCAUAUGAAGUAUUAUGGAAAUUCAUUAAAUUAUAUUCAAAAUAAAUAUAUGUAUCUAUCUAUG